UCCUCCGAGCGCAGAGGGCUUGUGCCCGCUAAGCAACCUGUUUCCACGCCGCUCUCGCACCUACUGCUGCCCCGUGACAGGAGGCAGGGCCCUCCCUGGGCCGGGGAGGGAGGCGGCGGCCCCGCCAGGCGCAGCCGUCGCUUGCGCUCUGCAGGCCGUCCCGCGCCGGAGUUGCUCCGGCCUUGAAAGAGCCGGACGGGCCGCGAAGGAGCCAUUUUGUGAGGCGCCUUAGCGGCGGCGGCUCUCCCUUCCCUCACGCCGCAAAAGGGGGCGCCGCUUCUCUUCCCAGCCGGACGGGCUCUAUGGAGCUCCCGCCGCCGCCGGGCGGUCGCGGGGACGAGGAGAGGCGGCCGCGCUCUCCCAUCACGGCCCGCAGCCCCGCUUUCUGAGGGCGCCUCCUUCCUUCCAGCCCCAGGCGAACGCGUUGAGGGCGUGAGGGGGCAACUGCGGCCCGCUGCCCCGUUGGUUGGUCGAACAUGGACGGCGAGCCCCAGAGGAAGCAGCCCUUGUCGGCCCUGGUGGGGCACACCAACGGGCUCACCAAGCCCGCCUCCUUGGCAGCGGCCGCCGGAGUGCGAAGCAGGGCAGCCGGCGGCGUGGCUGGCGGAGGGGCCGCUUCCAAGAAACUAGUGAUCAAGAAUUUCCGAGAGAGACCACUUUUGCCUGAUAACUACACUCAAGACACUUGGAAGAAGCUUCAUGAAGCAGUCGUAGCGAUUCAGAGUAGCACAUCCAUUAAAUACAAUCUUGAAGAGCUCUAUCAAGCUGUAGAAAAUGUCUGUUCUUAUAAGGCAUCACCUACGCUAUACAAACAGUUGCGACAAGUCUGUGAAGAUCACGUGAAAGCACAAAUACUACAAUUUAGACAAGAUUCUCUUGACAGUCUCUUAUUUUUAAAGAAAAUAAACAAAUGCUGGCAAGAUCACUGCAGACAAAUGAUCAUGAUUAGAAGCAUUUUCUUGUUUUUGGAUCGUACUUACGUUCUCCAGAAUUCAAUGCUACCUUCUAUAUGGGAUAUGGGGCUAGAACUUUUUAGAAAUCACAUUAUUAGUGAUAAAUUCGUUCAAAGUAAAACUAUUGAUGGAAUCCUGCUGUUGAUUGGACAAGAACGGAAUGGUGAAACCGUGGAUAGAAGCUUGUUACGAAGUUUAUUAAGCAUGCUGUCUGAUCUGCAAGUUUACAAGGACUCAUUUGAACAGAGGUUUUUAGAAGAUACAAAUCGUUUAUAUACUGCAGAAGGACAAAGGUUAAUGCAGGAAAGAGAGGUCCCAGAAUAUCUUCACCAUGUUAACAAAUGUUUAGAAGAAGAAGCAGAUAGAGUAAUAACGUAUUUAGACCACAGCACACAGAAGCCACUCAUUGCUUGUGUGGAGAGGCAGUUGUUAGGAGAGCACUUAACAGCUAUUUUGCAAAAAGGACUUGAUAAUCUGCUUAAUGAAAAGAGAAUAGCAGAUCUCACCCAGCUGUACCAGCUUUUCAGCCGGGUGAAGAGUGGACAACAAAUGCUUCUGCAUAGCUGGAGUGAAUAUAUCAAGAACUUUGGAACAACAAUAGUGAUAAAUCCUGAAAAAGACAAGGAUAUGAUACAAGAGCUGCUAGAUUUUAAGGACAAAAUGGAUCAUAUCAUAGACAUGUGUUUUCAGAAAAAUGAAAAAUGCAUGAACUUGAUGAAGGAAUCAUUUGAAACAUUUAUCAACAAGAGACCAAAUAAACCGGCAGAACUAAUAGCAAAACAUGUAGAUUUAAAGCUAAGAGCUGGCAAUAAAGAAGCAACAGAUGAAGAACUGGAAAGAAUCCUGGACAAAAUUAUGAUAAUAUUCAGAUUUAUCCAUGGUAAAGAUGUUUUUGAAGCAUUUUAUAAAAAAGAUUUGGCCAAAAGACUUCUGGUUGGGAAAAGUGCAUCAGUAGAUGCUGAGAAAUCAAUGCUGUCUAAGCUUAAGCAUGAAUGUGGUGCUGCUUUCACCAGUAAAUUGGAAGGGAUGUUCAAGGAUAUGGAACUUUCAAAGGAUGUUAUGGUUCAGUUUAAACAGUACAUGCUGAAUCAAAGUAACUCAGGCAAUAUAGAUUUAACAGUAAAUAUACUUACUAUGGGCUAUUGGCCAACUUACACACCUAUGGAUGUGAUUUUACCUCCAGAGAUGGUUAAACUUCAAGAAGUAUUUAAGAUCUUUUAUCUUGGAAAGCACAGUGGUCGAAAACUUCAGUGGCAAACUAGUUUAGGACAUGCUGUCCUGAAAGCGGAGUUUAAAGAGGGGAAGAAGGAAUUCCAGGUAUCACUCUUCCAAACAUUAGUGCUUUUAAUGUUCAAUGAAGGAGAUGAAUUUGGUUUUGAAGAAGUUAAAAUGGUCACUGCUAUAGAGGACAGUGAACUAAGAAGAACCUUACAGUCUCUGGCUUGUGGUAAAGCAAGAGUACUGAAUAAAAGUCCAAGAGGCAAGGAAAUAGAAGAUGGAGACAAAUUUACCUUCAAUGGGGAUUUCAAGCACAAAUUGUUCAGAAUAAAAAUCAAUCAAAUCCAGAUGAAAGAAACCGUUGAGGAACAAGUCAGCACAACUGAAAGGGUAUUUCAAGACAGACAAUAUCAGAUUGAUGCUGCUAUAGUACGAAUAAUGAAGAUGAGGAAGACCCUUGGUCACAAUCUACUUGUUUCAGAGUUGUAUAAUCAGCUAAAAUUUCCAGUGAAGCCUGGAGACCUGAAAAAGCGGGUUGAGUCUCUCAUAGAGAGAGACUAUAUGGAAAGAGAUAAAGAGAAUCCUAAUCAGUACCACUAUGUUGCAUGAUGAAGAGAAACUGUUUUUUAAAAAACAAAAGAACACUAGUUUUCCAAUAAUGGAUCCCUGUGCUGUUGCUGGUCCUGGACUUUACUGUUAGCAGACUGAGAAAUUAUGAUUGUUUAGUCAAUCAGCUGCAUGAACGGCUGAUACUUGAAACCUGCUUGCCUAGAGUCCAUGGUAGUAUUCCGUUAUUUUUAGACCUGCCUCUUGAUUUUUUUUUGACAUGUCUGUUUAAUUUUGGGGGAGUGAAAUGUGUUGGAAUGAAUGUUUACAUUCUCUGUAUGGUAUAAUUCUUCAGCCCAUAUACAUUUGGGCAGCUUAUGUGUGUUAUUGAUUGACUGUUAUACUAUAUUGUUUAGUUUCAAGGAUUAUUUAAUUUCUGUUUAAUACUUCACUGAAGAAUGUUAAUUGUCUCAGAGUACAAUGAAUUUUUAUGUAUGCACAUAAAAUUCUAGUAUUUGUUUGACUUUUUAAAAAAUUUGCAUCUUUCUAAACUGUAUCCCAGUUUAGCUAAGUGCCAAGAAGAUGAAAGUUUUAAAAACAAAUAUAUUUGAUCUUUCUUUUUAGCUCAUUGAUAAAAUACUUUCCCGUCCUACUCCCGGGUCACAGAAUGAUUCUGAUAAGCACUUUUUAAACUUCAGAAUAAUUCAUGUCAUAAUAUGGGAUAACUUUGCUUUUAACAAUAGCACACACAGUAUUUACUGGUGAGUUCUUAGACACUGAAUAGCCUUGUUGUGAAAAUAUGGAGGAUAGUCCCUCUCCAGAAUGAUUCCUUCAUGUCUUCAGGGAAGUGCACGAGAGAAGAUUCCUGUAUAUCAGGCAUCGUCCUCCCACACACUCAGAAUUGUGCAGGUACAUUACUGUGUGCAGUGGAGGGAAUAGAUUGCUCCCACAGUUUUGUUUACCCAGACUUUAUAAUAGGGUGUUUCAUAUUGUAAAUAUGGAGUUCAGAGAAAGAGAGACGUAAAAUAUAAAAAUAUAACUGCUGGUUCUACAGGAUAUGCAUAGUGACAUGUUACAACAACCAAAGGGGGCUUUGACCUUUGUGUCAUGAAUGCCUUUAUGAACUUGCUUUGCAUAAAAAUAGCACUAUGAUUGAUUAUAUAAAUACAAUCCCAUAUACUUGAUUUUGCCAAGUUCUCCUUUUGUCAUCUAUAUUGUUGUUAACUGUGCUGCAUUAAUUCACUUUUCAUUCCCUUUAUCUAAAAUAAAAAUACAAAUGACAGCACAAUUUAAUGUAUAUUAAUAUUUUGGGGAUCUAAAUUUCAAUUUAAGGCAAAUUCACCUUUUAAUAUACAUUAAAUAUGAAUUUUUAGUGUCCGAUAGGUCACAAUCAAUUUUAUAUCUGCAGUGGAGUGCAAAAUGGCAUAUCAGACUAUUAAGUGUUUUGUCUUCUUAUCAAAUGUUAUAAAACUUGUCUAUAUUAACCUUUAUACACAUUUUAGAAAAGAAUUUUCAAGAGGUUUCUAGUGGGAAAUGGUUAACUGGUUUUUAAAGUAUGUCCUCGUUUUUCUGUUCUUUGCUACUGCUACAUUACCUACAACAAAAGUGGUUCUCCUUUGAUGUUUGCAAAGAAGAUUACUAACAUCCAAGACAAUAUUUGAGCUGAAAUGUAGUUUCAAAAUCAUUUUAACUGCGAAAACCAAUGUAACUAGUCACAAGAAAAUACAGCAGUAAUUAAAUGUAUUCUGACAAAUCA